AUGUCUAAUUUGGCUCUGAUUAAAGCAGUUGCUGCCGCCCGUCCUCGGCAGGUGAGACUGCUUCUGGAAGCUGGGAUCAAUACGGAGAACAUUGACGACUGCGGACAGACCGCGCUGAUUCGGGCAGUUUUCGUCGCGAAUGACCGCAGCAGGGAGAAGAUCGUGCGGGCGCUGCUGCGCUACGGGGCAAAAGUGAGCCGAGUGGACAUUGUCGGGCGGAAUGCUCUGUCUUGGGGAUGUUUGUACGGUAGAGAGAAGGAGGUCGGACACAUGCUGCAGUUCGCGGAUCUCGAUUUAGAUUUUAAUGCCGUGGAUAUGAACAAUCAGACUGCGCUUUUUCACGCGGCGACGUCUGGCAGCGCGGCUACGGUGAAACUAAUGGUGGAUGCACUGAACAGGUACGGACUGAAUGUGGAUGUUCCUAACAGCAAUGGUGUUACACCGCUUAUGCAUGCUGCGCAGCUUGGUAAUGACGUGUGUGCCAGUAUCCUCAUAUUCCAAGGAAAGGCAAAGAUUGGGCUCACCAUGAACUAUCCAGAGGACUUGAUAAACGCCGAGCGCUGGGCGACAAAAAUUCAACGCGAAAAAGAGAAACAUGUGAUCUCGCAAUUCCCUCCGAUAAUACCCCAGUCUUCUCUGAAUAAGAUAAAAUAUUACGAAAGUAAAGCUGCUCACAUGAGGGCGUUGAGUCCGUUCGAUUCGGAUGACGAGACCACUUCAACGCUCGCCACGAAACGUCCCGCCUACUAG